GAGAGGAGAAGAAGUAAAAAGCGAGCGCGGAGAGGGGAUUGGUCUGCGGCGGCCGUGAAAAUGCGACACUCGUACCUGCUGCCGCUGAAAGAGCGACAGCCUGCAAGAGCCGCGGGCGCUGCGAUGCUAAUGUUGUCGGGGGCUUUGACUUCUCCCAGCCAUUGCGAGCGAGCUGCUCCGCCUGACAGCCACGCUCUCCCCGCGCGUCCUCCUCCUCGCAGUCCUCCCGAGAAAAAAGCACGGCAAGGAGGGGAAAAGACAACAAAUCAAAUCUCGUGACACUCGGAGGGGGGGGGGAGGGUGGAGAGAAAGGACAAAAAAAAGAAGAAAAGAAUGGACGAGACGGAUAUCAUGGACCUGACGCAUCAGAAGGCGAGGAAGCGGCCGCGGCCAAUCACCUCCGCGGACGAGGCGGCUGCGGCGGCGACGGCGGCGGCGCACGCUCCGCUCAAACGAGCCCCGAUGCGGGCGCCGGAGUGCCGCGAGACGUCGCUCAUGUACGCGGUGCGCGGAGAGCCGCUGCCCGCCGCCUCGCUCAAGCAGAAUGACCACUCGGUGACCUCGUCGCCCACCGGCGUCAUGCCGGCGCAGGAUAAUCGCUCCAGUAUGUCCCGGCCCAUGAUCACACGCUCGCCAGUGUCUCCCUUGAGCAACCAGGGCAUCCCCACGCCGGCGCAGCUCACCAAGUCCAACGCGCCGGUGCACAUCGACGUGGGCGGACACAUGUACACCAGCAGCCUGGCCACGCUCACCAAAUUCCCCGAAUCCCGAAUCGGCCGCCUCUUCGAUGGCACCGAGCCCAUCGUGCUGGACAGCCUGAAGCAGCACUACUUCAUCGACAGGGACGGACACAUGUUCCGCUACAUCCUCAACUUCCUCAGGACGUCCAAGCUGCUCAUCCCGGACGACUUCAAAGACUACAGCCUGCUGUACGAGGAGGCCCGAUACUUCCAGCUGCAGCCCAUGCUGGCCGAGCUGGAGCGCUGGCGCCAGGACCAGGAGCUGGGCCGGGUGUCGCGCCCGUGCGAGUGCGUGGUGGUGCGCGUGGCGCCCGACCUGGGCGAGAGGAUCACGCUCAGCGGCGACAAGGCGCUGAUCGAGGACGUCUUUCCCGAGAUCGGCGACGUCAUGUGCAACUCGGUCAACGCCGGUUGGAACCACGACUCCACGCACGUCAUCCGCUUCCCGCUCAACGGGUACUGCCACCUCAACUCCGUCCAGGUUCUGGAGCGCCUGCAGCAGCGAGGCUUCGAGAUCGCCGGCUCCUGCGGGGGAGGCGUGGAUUCGUCCCAAUUCAGCGAGUACGUUCUGAGGCGGGAACUGAGGAGGACGGCUCAGCGAGGGGGGCCCAAUUCCAAUAGGAUAAAGCAAGAGCAGCUGGAUUAGAGACUGCCGGACUUUUUCCACUACUCUGGACUCUUCUCCACUUUUUCUUCAUUGGGUUUUUUUUUUUUUUUUCUCGUCAGUGUUUUUGUUUUCUUAUAAAAUCAUCUAGAGAAUUAAAAAAAAAAAAAAGUGCAUCUGCGACAUUUGAGUUAGAGAUUGCGAGGACGUUUGUGAUUGUCUCCCACCCCACCCCGUAAAACGCAAUUGAGAAAGAUUUAUAUAUGUUCUAUCCCUAAAUAAAGUUUGUUUUAAAACUUUGAACCUACAUUAGGUUGAAUAUGUUUUGAAAUCGGAAUAGUGGCUCGCAGAUGAGAGGUUGUGGGUCCAAAUCUCAGCCUCAGCCGCUCCUGUGUGGCGCUUGCAAGGUCUCCAUGUGCUCGCAUGCGCUAAUUGAAGACUAAAUUGUCUAUAGGUGGGAAUAAAAACAUUUGUGUGUGACCUGCGAUUAACUGGCAACUUGUGUAAAGUGUGCGGCGCUUCUCAGCCAAGUCCAGCUGGGAUCGGCUCCAGCCCACCUGCGACCAAUCGAGGACAAGCGCUAGGGAAAAAAAAAAAAAAAGGACGGAUGCACGAUCGGAAAUUGUGCUCCGUGAAUCAAUUUAGCGGGAUUCCCAACCGCUCGUCGGCGACCAAUCGACGUGCUCGCCUCACCGGCGCGGUGGAGAAGUGUGGGCGUGGUUACGGCUCGCUGAAGCUCACUCGCGCGUUGCUUCCGGUGCAUCCGGUACCCAAUUGGCCAGCGCAUCUUUUUCACACCGAAUAUUGUGAUACCAAUGAAGUGUUUUGUACUUUAAUAUUUUUUUUUUUAAUUACAUAAAAGAGAAUACAUUUCGAUUGAAAGCUGACGCUGAUUAUUUAAUUGAGGAAUGACCGUUUCGUGACAUAACAACGCGUCCCUUAAAGCCAUCACGGGAAUGAAAAUAAUCAGAUGGUAACAACAAGACUGUCAAUGUUUUCAUUGUUUUUUGUUUUUAAAAAACAAAAAAAAAAAAAAAAAAAAAAAAAAAAAUCAACAUUUUUAUGGAAAUUUGCUGGCCGAGACAUGUCGGAAUUCCAUUUUUUGCCCACUUGAAAAUGAUCUCCAUUUGUAGCACAUGAAGUUGGAUUCUUUUCCAAGAUGACUGACUGACCUCCGCUCCCUGGUUUUGCGGAAAAGAGGAAUGUAGCAAAAAAAUAAUACAAAAUAAAU